AUGUUGAAGGGUGUCCCGUGCGUGAAUAUGGACACCUGGCUGGUAGUGUCUCUGUUCGUGUAUGUCCAGUUCUGCUUCAGUUUAGACUAUGAAGGGUCGGCCUACUAUGUCUAUGGAGAUGAUGAAGACACGGACCCCUUGGUGCGCUCCCAUCAAGGUGAAGCACGGCGAUGUGAAUACUAUGGAAACGUGAUGGGAUCGCGCUGUAAGAUCCGCUGUAAGAUCCGCUGUAAGAUCCACUGUAAGAGGGGUUACGAGAUGCAGCAUGGACACGCGGAGGUGGUGUGUUUGGCCAGCAAACACUGGUCAGGGAACUACGCCUGCAGGGAGAUCCGGUGUCCUAAGCUGCAGAUGCCUGUGAACGGGGGCUAUACGUGUUCAGACGGCUCCUACCUUAACUCCCGCUGUGAGUUCUUCUGCUCCCCUGGAUACAAUCUGAAGGGGCCCAAUACUGUCACCUGCCAGUACCACAAGACCUGGACCUCAGGAGAGAGCGUCUGUGUGGAUGACGUCCCAAUAAUAAAGUGUCCUAACCUGAAGGAGAAGACAGCAGAGCCGAGCAGGCUCACAGCCAGGGUGACCUGGGACACACCAGAGGGCAAGGACACGGCUGACGGCAUCCUCACCGAUGUUACAUUGAAAGGGAAGCCUCCUGGACACUUCCCUGAGGGUCUCCAUAAGAUGUCCUACACCGUCUACGACCGCGCCGGGAAUAAGGGCAGCUGCAGCUUCUCUGUCAGAGUACGAGUGCGUCGCUGCAGCCCCAUGACCCCUCCAGACAACAGUUUUAUGAAGUGUGAUAGCGAUGGUAAUAACUAUGGAGCAACCUGUGAGUUCAAGUGUACAGGAGGGUAUGAGCUGCAGGGCAGCGCUGCGAGGGUGUGCCAGCAUGGUCUCACCUGGUCGUGCCUGGAUACAGCCCUUAGCCCUAUGAACAUCAACGUGGGGGUGCGUACGGCCUCGGGUCUGUUGGACCAGUUCUAUGAGAAACAACGUCUCCUCAUCAUCUCUGCUCCCACAGCUGCCAAUCAUUAAUACAGGUUCCAGAUGACUGACCUACAGCAUGCCCAGUGUGGUCUGGACCUCAGGCAUGUGACAAUGAUUGAGCUGGUGGGGAUUUACCCAGCACAGAUCGGCCGUAUCCGCCACAGACUUAUCCCUCCAGGGCUGGCCCUACAACUCAGGUUAUUACUCCAGAUCUCCCAUAAUAACUUCAACAUGGUGAUGAUUGACAAGCAGGGGAUGGACAGGGAGCGCUACAUGUACCCCAUCACCUCAGCCCAGAUCUUCACCACCAUUGACACCUGGCAGGGACGCAUAGAUGAGAUGGUGCAGCAGCAGGAGGCAGGCCACACCUGCCAGUAGUACAACAGCUCCACAAUGCCCUCACCCAAAAAAAGCCCACUACCCCCAACCAGAAUCAUAUAGAGAGUGGGCCCAGGUUUUAGAACGGCUGCCAUGUUAGUGCCUUCAUUCUUGCUGUAAACAAUAACAACAGAGCAGUGUUUUGUGUUUAACAGACAUUUUUAUUGAUCAGUAUUUGGGAUAAUUAUGUGUAUUGAAGUCUGUACUGUGUUGUGGCGUCAACAAAUUGCAUAUCUGCUUUCACUAGACAUCUUCAUAGGUUUAGAAAACUAUCAGCAUAACGUGGAAGCGUCAAUAUUCACUUAGUAACGGCUAUGGAAGAGAAAGUGCCGCUUCCGUUCAGACAAUGCGCAUUGGCCCAACUCUCUCUCUCUCUCUAUAUAUAUAUAUGACUCUGCCCCCAACUGUCUCUUUACACCCCCACCCCCUUUCCCUCCCCCUAUGGGACAGUCCUCCCCAUCCCAACAAAGACCCUUCUGUCACUUAAACCCAAUUUACUACUUAAACCAAACUGUCGCUCAAGCUUACUACCUGAACCCAUGACUCCCAUCCUCCACUUCCCCAUAUCAGACCACAGCUAGUCAACUUGUCCCUCACUAGGAGACUCCCUCAAAUGUUUAAACCCUGCAUUUCCCACCAAUGUAACGCCUUUCAGUUAAUUAAAGACGUCCUCCAGCGAUGUUUGAAGUUUUACUGUUGAAAACAGUUUCCCCGUCUAUAAAUACAGUAAACACAAACUAAAGGGUAAAAACAACUUUUGAGCAAAAUACUUGUCACACCCUGAUCUGCUUCACCUGUCCUUGUGCUUUUCUCUACCCCCCUCCAGGUGUCGCCCAGCUUCCCCAUUAUCCCCUGUGUAUUUAUACCUGCGUUCUAUGUUUGUCUGUUGCCAGUUUGUCUUGUUUGUGAAGUCAACCAGCAUUUUUGUAUUCAGCUCCUGCUUUUCCCCAGUCGCUCUUUUCUCGUCCUCCUGGUUUUUGACCCCUGCCUGUCCUUAACCCUGUAUGGCAACCCGCCUGACCACUCUGCCUGACCCUGAGCCUGCCUGCCGUUCUGUACCUUUGCCCCUGUUGCUGUAAUAAACAUUGUUACUUCGACACGGUCUGCACCUGGGUCUUACCUUGAUUCCUGAUAAUAGUGUUUUUUAGACAAACUUCCAGGAGUUGGUCUGAUGUGAAUCUGAAACGUCUCGGUUGAGGAACAAUAGAGAACCAAAGAGGAAAUGUCCACCCCCCCACUUGUCAUCAAAUACCUGGACCACCUAUUGUGACGGGCCUUUUUUUUUACCUUGUAGUGUGUGUACUUUACUGUAUUUAUAUUUGGGAAAUCGCUUUUCAACAGUAAAAAUUCAAACAUCGCUGGAGGACGUCUAAAUCAGGUGUUGACUGAGGUGAAAAGAAGACUGGAGUGCCACUUUAACAGCGUUUCUCAUUGUGAGGAGAGAGGGGGUUCAAUAAAUCAAAUCAAAUCACAUUUUAUUGGCCACAUACACAUGAUUAGCAGAUGUUAUUGCGAGUGUAGCGAAAUGCUUAUGCUUCUAGAUCCGACAGUGCAGCAGUAUCUAACAGGUAAUAUCUAACAAUUCCACAACAAAACCUAAUGUACACAAUCUAGUAAAGGAAUGAGAUAAGAAUAUACACGUAUAAAAUACAUGGAUGAGCAGUGACAGAGCGGCGAAGAUGCAAUAGAUAGUAUAGAAUAGAUAGUGAAGGAUACAGUAUACAGUACAUACAUAUGAGAUGAGUAAUGUGAGAUAUAUAAACAUUCUUAAAGUGGCAUUAUUAAAGUGACUAGUGUUCCAUUUAUUAAAGUGGCCAAUGAUAUGAUAUCAAGUCUGUAGGUAAGCAGCCGCCUCUCUGUGCUAGUGAUGGCUGUUUAACAAUUUGAUGGCCUUGAGAUAGAAGGUGUUUUUCAAUCUCUCAGUCCCAGCUUUGAUGCACCUGUACUGACCUCGCCUUCUGGAUGAUAACAGGGUGAACAGGCAGUGGCUUGGGUGAUAGUUGUCCUUGAUUAUCUUUUUUUUAUUUGUGUGUGUUUAUGAUAGCCGUUGCUAAGUAGGAACCAUUAGUACUGGAACACCUGAUUGGACUUUAAGCUGUGAAGCAUUGAAACCAGGAUGAUUAGAAUGGAAAUAUUACUCUCUCUUCCAUCACUGCAUACUACAGCAGUUAGAGGGCCUAGGCAGAGUGGGUCAUCCAUCACAAUCAUAUUGAUUCUUGUACUCGUCAGUUUGUAUGUUUGUUUUUUAAAGGCCCAUCAAAUAAUUUCUGGGUAACAAUGAAAUACCUUACUGCAAUAGACUUCCAUAAAAAUGUGCAAAAAUAGAUUUUUAAAAACAAAAAAAAAUUCUUAAGCAUGAAUGUUGGGAGUGGUCUGAGUGGGUUUUGGAAAACUGAAAACAAUCUGUUAUUUGUCUAAUAAAGGUGGAAUAUGCAGAAAUAGCUCCCAUUUUCUGGUUGCUACAAUUCUAAUAGUUCGCCUAAUUUUAGUUUGUGUGACAAAACAAGCAAGUAUAGUGUAGAGAAUCAUUGUACCAUAUAAACUGCUGUGAAAUAUAUUUUCACUAACCAAAAAUAUUGUAUUUUCAGCUGUUUGAAGCUAGUGUACAAAACCGAAUGUAAGAGAUGCAAAAACUAAACUUAAGAAUGGGAAGCAUAGACAUAGCGCCCAUAGAACAAAUCUAUUGCUUCUUAGAGUUGCUUUCAAUGAGAAUGACAGAUCUAUAACUCACACUUACAUAUUGCAGCUUUAACCAUUUUACCGCAUGGUGAAGUUACCAUGGAAAGCUGAAACUCCUGCCCAUGUAAACCUGCUGAUUAGAUGGUCCUGUAUAGAAUGUAUUUUCAACCAGCAACUAUCAGGAAAUAACACUAAUCAUAAUUUGUUCACACUGGACGCCCACACACACUGGAUCUGAUACCGACAGUUACACAACACACAGAAAAGUUUGUUCUCAACAUACAUAGAAGUCAUCUGAGGAAUGAUAUGUGUUUUUUAUUUCUUCAAAAUAUUCUGAUAACACAUUUUAAACAAAAUAACAGAUUGAUUCAGUCACAUUGCCAUGUCAAAUCGAACAAUCUAGAUUUGAAUGAGAGGACAUUAAAACAGAGACAAUAACAUGCUGUUAGACACGUCAAGUGUUUCUUCAGUAGCAGGGUAUUGCACGCAACUCAUCUACACAGUAAAUGCCAUUUUAAUAGUAUUAUUAUUACUGUAUUCUGUAGUUUUCAAUGGUUGUUUACACUCAGAAUUCAGAGCAUAACAGGAACUCA